UUGAAAACAAAAUCCCACGUGACUGGCUCUGCUCUCGGGCCAUCAUGGCGUCUCCCAGUGGGAAGGGAGCCUGGGCGCCGGAGGCUCCUGGCUGCGGGCCGCAGCCGCUCGCCCGAGACCUGGAGGAUUCGGUGGACGACGCGGAGGGACUGUACGUGGCGGUCGAGCGAUGUCCCUUGUGUAACACCACCCGCCGGCGGCUGACCUGCGCCAAGUGCGUCCAGAGCGGUGAUUUCGUCUACUUCGACGGCCGCGACCGGGAGAGGUUUAUAGACAAGAAGGAAAGAUUAAAUCAACUUAAGAGCAAACAAGAAGAAUUUCAAAAAGAAGUGUUAAAAGCUAUGGAAGGAAAACAGAUAACAGAUCAGUUGAGAUGGAAAAUAAUGUCCUGUAAGAUGAGGAUUGAACAGCUGAAACAAACAAUAUAUAAAGGAAAUGAAGAAAUGAAGAAAAAUUCUGAAGGCUUUCUCAAAACCAAGGAAAAGAAUCAGAAGCUUUACACUCGAGCACAACGGCAUCAAGAGAAAAAGGAGAAGAUUCAGAGGCACAAUCGCAGGCUUGGUGACCUGGUAGAAAAAAAAAACAUUGACCUAAGAAGUCAUUAUGAGCGUCUGGCAAAUCUUCGGCGAUCGCAUAUAUUAGAGCUCACCUCUGUCAUUUUUCCCAUUGAGGAAGUAAAGACUGGUGUGAGAGAUCCCGCUGAUGUUUCUUCAGAGAGUGACAGUGCCAUGACCUCCAGCACCGUGAGCAAGCUCGCAGAGGCCCGGAGGACGACUUACCUCUCGGGGAGAUGGGUCUGUGAUGAUCACAAUGGGGACACGAGCAUUAGCAUUACAGGGCCUUGGAUCAGCCUUCCCAACAAUGGGGACUACUCUGCCUACUACAGCUGGGUGGAGGAGAAGAAAACCACACAGGGGCCUGACAUGGAGCAUAAUAACCCUGCUUACACGAUCAGUGCUGCGUUGUGCUACGCGACUCAGCUGGUCAACAUCUUGUCUCAUAUACUGGACAUAAAUCUUCCCAAAAAACUUUGCAACAGUGAAUUUUGUGGGGAAAAUCUCAGCAGACAGAAAUUUACUCGAGCAGUGAAGAAACUGAAUGCAAAUAUUCUUUACUUAUGCUUUUCCCAGCAUGUAAACUUAGAUCAAUUACAACCACUGCAUACCCUCAGGAAUCUGAUGUACCUGGUCAGUCCGAACUCUGAACACCUAGGCAGGUCAGGCCCCUUUGAAGUGCGAGCAGACCUGGAGGAGUCCAUGGAGUUCGUGGAUCCCGGAGCUGCAGGAGAGUCAGACGAGAGUGGAGAUGAGCACAUAAGUGACGAGGAAACAGACCUGGGCACGGACUGGGAGAACUUGCCAAGCCCCCGGUUUUGUGAUAUCCCUUCCCAGCCCGUGGAAGUCUCCCAGAGCCAGAGCACUCAGGUGGCCCCGCCCAUCACGAGCAGCAGUGCGGGCGGGAUGAUCUCCUCCGCGGCAGCCUCCGUGACCUCCUGGUUCAAAGCUUACACUGGACACCGUUAACCAGCACGGGCCAAAACAGGCCAAGUCUUCAUCGGAAAAGUUCUGCUGUACUCUAGUAAACAGACUUUGUUUUUAGGUAAGAUGAGUGCCUGGAACAAAGAGAGGUUAAACUGUUGGUUUUUUUGAGGCAUUUCUGUCACAUGGCCAAUGGUGGUGCCUGACAUGCUUAUGAUAGAACCAGAGGGGUCAGAAGUCCAUCUACUCAGACCUGUGUUGGUAGAAGGACCAGUCACAUGGCCAGUUAUGUUGAGGCAGAAAUUCGUUUGGGCCCCCUCUGAUCACAGGUCGACUUAGGUCCUCAUGACAAUGAGACUGAUGCUGAGCACGUCAUGUUUGAGGCUGAAUCACGAGGAAGUGUUGAUAUUAGGACUCGAAAGAUAAAAACUGUUUUAAUAUGAGUUUGUUUAUGUACCAUCGUUUUUUGUGCAAAGAACCAGCAGGCAGUUUGAAAACUUGAUUUCUUUAUAAUUUGGUCAUAUUCAGUGUUUAGGUCGAGGCUUUUGGUUUUGCUGGGGACGGUUGGUGUUUUGUGGGGGCGGAGGGGCAGUUUAAAAUGACGUCACCUGUGCUGCUCGGCGCAGCUCCUCAGACAUUCCCAUUGGUCCUUCUCCCUGCACACCAAAGAAACUAAGGUCUUUUUUUUCUUUAGGGCCCACAUCUAUGAACAGAAGGAAUCAGCUGCAACAAUGUCCUAAAGGUUUUUAAAAUUAUUUUCUUGUAUUCUGAAGAGAAUAAGUUCAUUUUUACCUAUAUUACUGAAUUCCUACCAUCCACACUAUGUGCAUUUUGAAAUUAUUUUCUGAGUGCAAAGUAGGUCAUUGUGGUCGUUCUUUACAUAAGCUAAAUGCUUUCCUGGGCACAGCUUGAAAGCCACUUAAUUAAAUGGUGUCUGGUCACUCUUCCAGUAUCCCAAUUUCUUUCUAAGGGAUUUAGUAGGUGGCAGGCAUUUCCAGGGAAAACCACCCAUCUUGUUUGUUUCCUAGAGGUCUUUGUUCUAAGGAUACUACCUUUGCUCAGAAAUGCAGAGCAAAUCAUUACAGUUUUCUGUGCUUCUCUAUCCUGGGGAAAGCUCCCACAGCAAGAAUCUUCCCUCACCAAGAGGUCAUUUUCAGCUAAUACGUCUUCUCAUUCUCUUAGUGACAAUCUUAUAAGAAAAUUGUAAAGAGGCAUUGUGUACAAAUAUGUAAGUAGUUUUUAUUUUUAAUAACUUCAGAAAAAGUCCUGUGUAACAACUACAACAAAGAAAUCCUAUGAGAAAUUCCUAACAGGCAGCAUUACCUUAUCUUGUUAGUGUGAUUAGCAUGAUAGUACCUCAGAUAAAUCACUUGGCAGGUUUGCCCUGCUCUAGCUUCUUUCCUUAUUGUAAUUAUUAUAGUUGAUACUUUGCCUCCAAAUCUGAGGUGCUAUAUAGCUUUUGCUAUUCGCAUAUGUAGUAUUUGGUAGAGUCGCAGAAGAAAGGUGUUUAUGCCUACCCAGGAGCCCCAAAGCCCCUGACUCUCUUGAACUUCCCACUUAGGGAGCAAUCAGGCUGUGCUGGGGGGUGGGGGGGUGGCUCUUACCAGUGUCUGCUCUGUGAUGACUAGGCUUGCGCAGUUCCAUGCCAAUCUAGCUCAGGGAGAGUGGGUGGGGUAGGCCUUAGCAAGCAAACACCAGAGGACCUUAGGAGUUGUCUAGGCACUUCAGACCUCAAAAAGAAGAGCUUAGUCUCAAGAGUUGCCAGACUGGGACUGGGGACCUGCGGCAAGAGACGGACCUCAGUGGAGAGCUGCACCAGUGUCAUGGUUUUCCUCGAGUAAGCCUCUGUGAGGCCCUGACUGAAAGGAAGCUAAAGACCAGAAUCCAGACAUCACGAAGUCCUAGCUAGAGUAAUUUAACACACUUACAAGGAACUAUGGACAUUGAGGGACUGAUAAGGGUGUAUUUUGUUUAUGUCAACUAGAGGCACUUUACUUAGCAUUAAGUGAGCAAACCUAUUGGUGGUUUGGAACACUGACACACUGGCUUACACUGCUGAAAUGUUUUGGUUUCCAUUAUUCUGCACUGGAUCUACCCUGUAAAUAUUCUUAAAUAUACAUUUCAACCACUGAAUUUUCUACUCUCCUUGCUGCUCAUUAAAAUCUUUUAUGUAGGUGCCAGAACCAUAUGUAAACAGCUUUUUAAAAAACUGAAGCUGGUUAUUUUUUUUUAAACAAAAAGCCAUAGAACUUGGUCAUGAACUUGGUUUUCCAUAUUAAAAUGAUUUGUUGAAACAAGGUAAUACUAAUAAAGGCCCACAGGCACCAAAUAGGCUGCUUAAAAUGGUCUGUUAAAGACUUUUUUUUGUAAUGGAAUAUAACUAAGAAGUUUUGCACAUCUGUAAGUUAUGGGGAAAAACAGUAUGUCAGUGUUGGGUAUAGUGGAUAGGAUUCCUUUAAGGAUCUGUGUGUGGGUAAUUUGGGAAAGCGCAUUCUGUGGCAUACUAUUGUUAAAAGGAAUAAUGUUCUUUUUGCGAUGUGUGUUGCAGGAAUUUCCCAUUGUUCUUCCACCUCCAAACCAGUUUGAGUCAUACAAAUGUUUUCUAAAUUUUUAUUGUAUUAUUGCAAUAAAUCUUUAAUAAUACUUUG